CAGCAGGAUAUUUGUCUUGGUGAGCAAAAGGGGUGGGAUCAGCAUUGUCACUGAAGCCAAAUCAAGUAUAAAAUAGUUUCCAGCCAGACUGUUCGAAACUUCUCUGCUGAAACAGUGUCUGCUGUAAGAAGGAAGUGGUGAAUCCAGCACAAUUAAGUGGCGACAUGUCUGAGUUUCAGCAGCUGAUGCAGGACUCCAUACCAUCUGCAAGAGAUGUUCUACAACAUAACUAUAGCAACCUCCUUAAAGUGGCAGAUUAUUGUGACAGCAACUAUGAGCAGGCACAAGACAAACGAAAAGCCCUAAAGGAAACCAUGGCUUUCACAGUUCAGUCAUUAGCCAGUGUGACCUAUCAAAUCAAUAGCCUAGCUAGAAACAUCCUCAAAAUAUUUGACUUGCAGACCACCCAUCUCCAACAAGUGGAAGCCAACGUUUGUUCCAUUGAACAGGUGAUAGAAAUGCAUAAGGAGAAAGUGUCCCGCCGUGAAAUUGGGAUGCUUACUGUUUCCAAGACAUUUCCUCCCUAUCAGAAAAUCAUCUAUCCAAAGAAGCUUGAGUCUUUACAGCCCUAUUACAGGAAACCACUGGACUUUAGCACUCUGGAUGACAUUGGCCAUGGGAUUAAGGAUCAAAACACACAGUUGGCCAAAACAGGGACUCUAUCAAGGCGAUCAAUCAAGUCCUCGGCUGGGAUGUCACCUGGAACCCUUGGAAUGAGCCAGAAGAUUCUGGAAGCAAUUCUGCCACCACUCAUCCCCGAAUGCCAACUCUCAUCAGCUUCAUCUUUGUCAUCCAUGAGUAAUCUCCCAGAAGCUUCGAACAGCACAAAUAUGAAAAGGCCUUCUGGACCAGAUCCAUCACCACCCCCACCCCCACCCCCGGAAGCAGGUGAUUUUCUUCUCCCUUCUCAAACAGAUUUUUUGCCAUCUCCUAUUCAAGCAGAAGAUGUUCUUCCUCCGCCUUACCCUGAGCCAGAUCUUGAUUUUCCAACUGUUCCUCCACCACCAUCCCUGGAUAUCUCCAACUGUGGUCACCCGAAGCCUCCUUUUCUGCCACCUCCACCACCCCCAGAGAAAUUGCCAUGGGCCCCAGACACCUAUCUGGAGAAAGUUGUGACUCUUUACCCUUAUGUUCAGAAGAAGGAGGAUGAACUCUCAUUUACAGAAGGGGUCAUUAUUUAUGUAACACGGAAAUACUCAAACGGCUGGUGUGAGGGCGUAACAAGUGAUGCAGAGGGAUUGUUCCCCAGGAACUACACAGAACCUUUGCACUGAAUGAGGCAGAACGGAAGAGGAAAAAAAGACAGGACCCUAACACAAGUUUUAUGGAGAACAUGGAGUCACCUGGAGUAGUCCACAGUGAGAUAGGCAGCAAAUCAAUUUAACAAGUAAAUUCAUGCACAUCCUGAUUUAAGUUGCCAGGAAAUCAGUAUUUCCCCUGACUAGGCUAAAAUCAAGCUAAUGAAAGGAAGGUAUCAAGAGUACUUUGGACAUUUCCAUAUGUGGGAAGAAUCCAGAGAAAUAAAUAUUUUGGAGAAUAUUAAAAAAGGCAGAAUGUAUUUCCCCAAAGGAUCUUAAAACCAGAAACUUCUUCCUCCCUCCUCCACACAGCUAGAAAACUCAACA